AUGGAACAAGAUAAUAAGAGUAUUAGAGAUUCCGAUACUAGAUUUUUACCUAAUAUUUCAAUUUUUGUCAAGACACUUAAAGGUAAAACAUUAGAAAUUGGACAAAUAACAACAAAUACUAAAAUUAGUGAAAUUAAAUUUAUAAUUUUAUUAAAAGAAAAUAUUCCAAUAGAACAACAACGUUUAGUAUUUGCUGGUAAACAAUUGGAUAAUGGAACAUUAGGGGACUAUAAUAUCCAAAAUGAGUCUACCCUUCAUUUGGUACUUCGUAAUCGUGGUGGUGGGAUUUACAUUUUUUAUAUUGAUGAUAAAUUUCUUUCCCCUAAAUUCAAUCAUGAUUUUACAAAUAUAGUUGAUAUUGAUACUUUUAUCAGAGGUGGAGAGAUUUAUAAGCGUCCAUGUGGCUGGAUGAGAUUUGCUUUAAAUGUGGAAGGAAUAUUUUCAAGUGAAGGAAGUGAAUGGUUAAGUUUUGAUAACUCACCAGGUGAAUGGGCAGUUUCUUAUCAUGGUACAGGUAAAUCGGAAUCUGGUUCUAUUGCAGAAGAUGGUUAUAACUUAUCAAAAGGAAAAAACUUUGCUUUUGGAAUAGGUAUUUACUCUACACCAUUGAUCGAAUGUGCGGCGAGAUAUGCAAAGUCCUUUAUUAACGAUGGUCACAAAUAUAUUGUUGUAUUUCAAAACCGUGUAAAUCCAAAAACAUUAGUAAAAAUUUCAAAAGAAAAAACAUGUGAUGAGGAGUAUUGGAUUUCACCAACAGAAAAAGAUAUCAGACCAUAUGGUAUUUGUAUUAAAAAAUCAUUAGUAUAA